GGAGGAGGGGAACGAAGACUUAAAGAGAAGAGUAAAUCCUAUUCAGGAAGUGAGACGCAGUUGCAACAGUCACUGCACCCCAUUACAGCCAGAAUCGUUGCUCUGGGCGCUAUUCUGUUGGUCUGGAGGGUCCCCUAGGUCAACUCCAACCCGCUCUUAUAGCGGGCUGAAGGAAGCGUUAGUUAUAGGGUCCAGGGAGUCGCCAAAGGUGGCACUGCAGUCAGCUUGCAGGGUCCGGGAUCGAGAGGGAGAAAGCAGUUUGGGAGUUGACUCUGCGUACACCCGCGGACUGGGGUCACGUGGAGCGCUCCGCCAGGGUCAUGUGAGUCUAGGAAUCGACCGCAGCCAUCAUGGUUAUGGGCAGAUAGCCGGAUCUCCAAGUGACGGUGCGCACUACGCAUAAACAGGAGAACCAAGAAAAUAAAGCAAAGCCAUGAGAACAAUAAAAAAUAAAAUGAAAUUAAAAAGCAACUCCAAAUCCCACAAUCGACUUAGGAAUGCAGUAUUACGCAAGUGAGAAGGUUUGCAAUGCACCUUCGUGGUCCAGCCAUCAAAAGGAAGAAUGAAGACCCUGGGGAAAGAUAACAGUGACGCGGCUUUCUCCUGGUUUUCUUCCUACUUGUCUGAGCACUCAUUCUAAGUUUCCUCUGCUGCUGCUUCUUCCAGGAGGGACUCACUGAUGGGCCCUGAAAAUUUUCCUCUUAAGAUGAAUAUUGGAAAAGUACCCUUUCCUGAUCGGACUAUUGUCAGAAUAGCUGCUCACCUACCAGAUCUCAUUGUCUUUGGAGAUUUUACCUCAGAGCGGCCCUCCAUGGACUAUUUUGAUGGAGUCCUCAUGUUUGUGGAUAUUUCAGGUUUCACGGCAAUGACUGAGAAGUUCAGUACAGCCAUGUAUAUGGACCGAGGGGCUGAACAGCUGGUGGAGAUUCUCAAUAACCACAUAAGUGCCAUAGUAGAAAAGGUGCUGAUUUAUGGAGGAGACAUCUUAAAGUUUGCAGGGGAUGCAUUGCUAGCCCUGUGGAAAGUAGAGCGAAAUCAGCUGAAGAACUUUAUCACUGUGGUGGUUAAAUGUAGUCUAGAAAUUCAUGGAGUGUUUGAGAAUCAGGAGUCUGAAGAAGGCCUGGAUAUCCGAGUCAAAAUUGGACUGUCUGCUGGCCACAUCAAAAAACUGGUGUUUGGAGAUGAAAAAAGUUACUUUCUGGUGGUUGGACAGGCUGUGGAAGACGUACGCUUUGCACAGAACAUGGCACAGAUGAAUGAAAUUAUUUUGUCACCAAACUGCUGGCAACUCUGUGACCGGAAUGUAAUUGAAAUUGAGAGAAUUCCUGACCAAAGAGCCGUUAAGGUUAACUUCCUGAAGCUACCCUCUACUUAUAAUUUUGAUGAGUUUUUCAUGAAAUGCAUGGCCAACCUGAGUUACUAUCCUUCAGGUGAUCACAAAAAUAUUUUGAGACUCGCCUCUACCCUGGAGUGUGACCCUGAACUGGAAAUAUGUCUACAAAAGUACAUCAUGGGAAGUAUUUUGAAGCAGAUCGACGACAAGCAGCUGCGAGGUUAUUUGUCCGAACUUCGGCCGGUGACCAUCGUAUUUGUCAACCUGCAGUUUAAGGGUCAGGAGACGGCGGACGAUAUUGCCCAGGCCAUCCAGGAUGCCAGCGUGUACAUCAACUCUGUCCUGAAGAAAUUCAAAGGCCAAAUCAAUAAAGUCUUUAUGUUUGACAAAGUGAGUGUAAACGGAGGCCGGCGAGCCAGGAGCCCCCGAGAGGCCGCAGGCAGGGUUGCUCCAGAAAGGCUGGGCUCCGCGUUGGGGAAGGGUCUCCUGGGGUCGGGGUUACUGCCCCGACAGGCACCUCUCGUGCCCCAUUUUACCCCAUUUUCUACUUCUUCCCCACACUCUGUGCAUCUGUGUCGGAGUGAUCCAAGCCAGUGUCGGCGUCUCACGAAGCCAUACAGUGCUGAAGAGCAGGAAGGGCCUGGCCCAGUCAUUGGCCAAAAAGUCAACAUUGCUGCCCGGAUGAUGAUGUACUACCCUGGGAUUGUGACCUGUGACUCCGUGACCUACAGCAGCUGUGGCCUCCCCUCCUACUUCUUUAAAGAGCUCCCAAAGCAGCACAUGAAAGGUGUUGCAGAGCCUGGACCAGUCUACCAAUGCCUGGGCCUUAAUGAGAAAGUAAUGUUUGGUAUGUCAUCUCUCAACGUCCACAGAUAUAAGGGUUAUCCUCUCCUGGGGCGUGAUAAGGAGAUCAGAUUGUUUCUGCAUACCAUGAGAGAAUUUAUCCAGUUGAAAUGCAGUCGAGUUCUAAUGUUUCAAGGCUUACUGGGAUAUGGAAAAAGCCAUUUAAUUAAGGAACUAGGCUUUCUGGCACAAGAUGACAAUCACAGGGUCAUUGCUAUAGGAUUGACCAAGGUCAGCAUCAAUCACAAUUUUCAUACCAUUCAAUUACUCAUGGCCAGUGUCCUGGGUCUUGACACCUGCAAACAUUACAAGGAAAGACAACACCAUCUGAAGGAAAAAGUCAAGAACUGGUUGGAUGUAGACUUAUACUGCAUCCUCAAUGAUAUUUUUCAUGUUCAGUUCCCCAUGACACGGGAGGCUUCCAAAAUAACUGAAAUGAAAAAGCAAACUGAAUUAGAAGAAUUAUUUAUGAACAUCCUGAGUGAGACAAGUAAAGAGGAAAAGCUCAUUUUCAUUAUUGAUGAAUCCCAGCACAUUGACAUGGCAUCUUGGAGAUUCAUGGAGGAACUGAUCCGGAAAGUCAGCGUGUUCUUUAUCCUGGCAUUGUCUCCCUUCCUGGAUACCCCUUGUAAAUCUGCUAGUGCCAUCAUGAAGAAUCGGAACACUACCUUUGUCAUGAUUGGUGAGAUAAGUUCGAAAGAUAUGCUGUCCAAGGUCUGUUUUGACCUCCAUGUGGUCAGCAUCCCCAAGGAGCUGGAAGUCUACCUUGUGGGAGGAAGCUGUGGCAUUCCAUUUUAUGGUGAAGAACUGCUGAAAAAUCUCGAACACCACAAGGUUCUUAUCAUCCAUCAAUAUCAGCCAGAAGAAAAGCCAAAGAAGAACUGGAACUUCCUGUUCAAAAAUUACACUAAGCCCCAGAUAAACGUAGAUAUUUAUUCAGUCUCUACCGUUGAGAGAGUAGACAUCUGCGACAUCGCCAGUGGUGUCAGAUUAAAAAAUAUGUCACCUCCAGCAACAUUAAAAGAAAUCUCUCUAGUCCAGUUAGAUAGCAUGAGCCUUUCUCAACAGAUGUUGGUGAGGUGCGCUGCCAUUAUUGGAGAGACCUUUACUACAUCACUACUCUUUGAAAUUCUCCCUUGUUGGAACAUGAAGAUGAUGGUCAAAGCCCUGGCAACUCUUGUUCAGUCCAGCAUCUUCUAUUGCUUCCAGAACCACAAAGAGCUUCGGCAUUUAACCAGCCGAAAGUAUGCCUCUUUUGAGGUGCAUCACCGUUCUCUGGCUCUGCAGAGCUCCGAAAAGAUUGAAGGUUUACGUGACAAGGUGGUGGAGGAGAAUGAUGUGACUCAGAGUCACAUCUUGAGAUUUUGCAAACCCAUAAUGCAGAAGACAGCCUACGAGCUCUGGCUUAAGGAUCAGAAGUCAGCUCUUCAUGUGAAAUGUGCCCGUUUUCUAGAGGAAGAUGCUCAUAAGUGUGAGCACUGUGGAAAAGGAGACUUCAUUCCCUUCCACCAUUUUGCUGUGAACAUUCGACUCAACACCUUGGACAUGGAAACAAUUAAUAAGAUGAUCGAUUCAAAUGCAUUUAGAAGUGCAGAAACGAUACUCUCAUUCAUACCAGUAGAUAUAGGGAAAUCUGAACUGUUGUCAGAAGAUCUCAGUCCUGAAGAAAUAGGAGAAAGGAUCUUGUAUUUAUUUGACACCAUUUUAAUAAAAAUAAGCUCAGUUGAGGAAAUAAUCAUACCUACAGAACCUUGUCAGUGUCUGGAAAUACUGGAAUAUGUUUUAUUACCUCUUGCCUACCACUUUACAAUUCUAGAAGAAUCAAGCAAAGCCUUAUAUUACUACCUAGAAGUUGUAGCUGGUUAUAUCAGUCUAACAGAUUACUAUUUGGCAUAUGUGUAUUUGUGUGAAGGGGAGAGAUUGUUAAAAUCUAUGAAGCGUAACAAAUCCUGGAGCUUCAAAUUUGAGGUUGCCAUCUUUUAUUCUCUUAAGGGUCAGGUCUCCUUCCAUGUGGGCCAGAUGGUGCUUGCCAAGAAGAUGACGAGGAAGGCAUUGAAGUUACUAAACCGAGUCUUUCCUUACAAUUGCUUUUCGGUUCUCCUCCAGACUCAUAUUGAGAAAAACAAACAUGCCACUUACAUGAUCCAGCAGGAACAGAAUUUCCCUCCUCCAGAAAAGAGAAAAAUGGCUCAGCUUUACCAGCAAAUCUCUUGCCUGUCCAUAAUAUGGCAGAUCUACAGCUUGGAUUCUGCUUGCCAUUGCAAGUAUUUUGAGCACCUAGCUGCCAUGAUGCAAGUGAAUUCUGCACUCAAAACUCAAGACGACUUUCAAAUCAUUAAAGCCUACCUGGACUACUCACUGCACAGUCAACUAGGAGGUUAUCAGGGAUUAUGGUUCAAGUACGAAGUCAUGGCUAUUGAGUGUAUCUUCAACAAGCCUUUGAAUAGAGAGGCUAUUGAAAUGAUUGUUCAUGUGGCAGUUAAAUUGUCUCACAUCAAGUUCCUAAUGGGUCACCUGGAGCUGUCCAUUCAGUUGGGCUUUAGAGCAUAUCGGAUGUGGCAGCAGACCAAGACUCCCAACAUACACUACAUGGUCCUUCACCGACUUGGUAGAGCUCUCUUUUUGAAAAACAGAUUCGUGAAGUAUAUUGAAGUGCUCGAGUGGAUGUGGUCAUUUGCUGCUGAAGAAGAACACACAGUCAGUCAAGGACUUUUCUAUUUCAACUGUCUAGACAUCUUGCUUUAUGGUGGCUUUAUUUAUAGGACCUUUGAAGAAUGUCUGCAUUUCAUAAAUGAAAAAGAAGAUAACAAAAUCCUCAAAUUCCACUGUGGCCUGUUACUGGCUCUUUAUUCGGAUGUAGCAAUCUGGUUUGCUAGACUUGAGGAGUGGGGAAGUUUUGAAAUAUUUUACAACAAAGCUAAAAAGUUGAUCCAGAGAAGAAGUAUCUCAAAUAUUCAGAGUGAGGGAUUUGCCAGGUACCUGGAAUGCCAGGUUCUUAGUCUCCAGAAACAAAUUCAAGGGCAAACUGAGAAUGUCCAAGACAUCGGAGUAGAACUACUCAAGAAUUUGGAGAAUGUGGUAGCUCAAUGUUCCACAGGUCCUGUAUUUUACCCAAGGAUUUACCACCUGAUGGCUUAUGUAUGCAUACUCAUGGGAGAUGAGGACAACUGUAACCUUUUCCUGAGAACAGCCUUACAGAUGUGUGAUGUCCACGGCAAUAUUCUUGAGAGAAGUUGGCUAACUAUCAGCAAAAAAUGGUGGUACUCCGACAAAGUGAAUACGGAUGAAAGUUGGCUUCAGAUAGUCUUGCUUCUUCCACAGUGGGAUGAAAUCAAAUUAGAUGAAUUAAAAAUAAAGACUGUUGAACAAAACAAAUUCCGAUUUAAAAUUGCCAUUACGGACAGUACCUUCUAG